AUGACAAUCCUCACAGCUAUUGUCUCCGACGCCCGCCUCCACAUGCCCAUGUACUUCUUUCUGGGCAACCUGUCCAUCCUUGAGAUGUGCUACACAACUGUGACCGUGCCUAACAUCCUCAACAACAUCGUAAGACAAAGUUACGUCAUUUCCUUCUGGGCAUGUAUCACUCAGGUUUAUCUAUUCACGUUGUGCGCUACCACCGAGUGCGUUCUACUGGCCAUCAUGGCCUAUGACCGGUAUGUCGCCAUCUGUAUUCCCUUGAGAUACAAGAUUAUCAUUAAUCAAGCUAUGUGUGUCCAGUUAGCCUCUACAGCGUGGUCCUGUGGAAUAGCCAACUCCAUCAUCCAGUCCCUCCCAACAUCUCUCCUGCCUUACUGUGGUUUCAUCAAGAUCGAUCGACUGUACUGCGAGGUUCAGCCCUUGCUACUGCUGUCUUGUAGUGAUACUUCCCUCAAUAAGUUACUGACCACUGUCUCUGCCUCGGUAUUUGGAGUUGGGUUCCUGACCUUUAUUUUAGUUACCUACAUCUACAUAGGUGAAGCCAUUAUCCGAAUUCCAUCGUCAUCAGGGAGGAUGAAGGCGUUUUCCACCUGCAGCUCCCACAUAACCGUGGUCACCAUGUACUAUGGAGCCCUCAUCUUCAUGUAUUUGAGGCCUCAUUCCAGUGAUUCCCAGAGAAUGGAUAGCGUGAUAUCUGCAAUCUACUGUAUGGUUAUCCCAGUGCUGAACCCCAUCAUCUACAGCCUACGAAAUAAAGAUGUGAAACGCGCCUUGCGAAAAGUAGUUAUGUUCAAAUUGCCCAGUAAGACUUGGUAG